AAGAUGGCGGAUAACAAAGGCGAAGGGGAUACGGAGAACGGCACUGCCAUGGAGGUAGUGGCACAGGGAGAAGACAGUGGAUCCUCAACAGCUAAAGAUACCGAUAGCGUGAUUGUUAUAGAACCUGUAUCAAAGGAAGAGGCGGACGGACCAUCUCAAGAUAAUGUUUCCCAGGUGUCGACACCCACAGACACCAACGGGAGCAACGUUAACGCUAGCAGUGACGGAGGAGGUGGAGAAGGCAGCAGCAGGACUAGUCCAAAUGGCAACUCCAGUUCUGUGUCCACAGUACCACCAGCUUCUGGUGAAAACACCGGGAAUUCGCCCGCAGUUUCAACAGAAACGUCGCCCUCUCCAUCAGCCAACGCUAACGUUACAGCUGCAGCCACCCCUGCAGCCCCGUUAAACCUACUGGAUACGUGCGCUGUGUGUAAACAAAGUCUACAGAAUCGAGACUGUGAACCCAAACUCUUACCAUGUCUGCAUUCGUUUUGUUUAAAAUGUAUUCCUCAACCCGACAGACAAAUUACGGUUCCAGUGAACGGACCACAUGGACAGGACACACACAUUGUGAAUGUGAUGCGAUGUGCAGUGUGCCACCAGGAAUACAAACAGAUAGACAUUGUUGAUAACUACUUUGUCAAGGAUACCUCCGAAGCCUCUAACACAUCAGUCGAAAACUCGAUGCAGGUGUGCACGAGUUGUGAGGACGACGCAAGUGCGGUGGGCUUCUGCGUAGAAUGUGGAGAGUGGCUUUGCAAGACCUGCAUAGAGGCGCACCAGAGGGUCAAGUUCACCAAGGACCACAAGAUACGCAAAAAAGAAGACCUGACCACUGAGGCAGUGGGGCCGUCGGGCCAGCGACCAGUCUUCUGUCCUGUGCACAAACAGGAAGCGCUGAAGCUCUUCUGCGAGACGUGUGACACACUAACCUGCCGAGACUGUCAGCUACUAGAACACAAAGAGCACAGGUACCAGUUCUUAGACGAAGCCUUUCAAAACCAGAAGGGCAUCAUUGAGACCUUUAUGGCAAAACUCCAGGAGAAGAGGAACUUUGUCCAUUUCUCUGCCAGUCAGGUGCAAAGCAGACUUAAAGAGGUUACGGAGACGCACAAGAAGGUGGAACAUGAGAUUAAGAUCGCAGUGUUCACCCUCAUCAAUGAGAUUAAUAAGAAGGGAAAGUCUCUGCUCCAGCAGCUGGAGAGUGUGACGAAGGAGCGCAGUAUCCGGCUGCUCAGCCAGCAGAAGGACAUCAGCAGUCUUGGUCAGCAGAUCCUCCACGUGCUCAACUUCACGCAGUGGGCGCUCACCAAUGGCAGCAGCACGGCGCUGCUCUACAGCAAGAGGCUGAUCACCUUCCAGCUGCGGUACAUUCUGAAGGCCCGCCUGGACCCGGCGCCUCAGGCCAAUGGCGCUGUGCGUUUCUUCUGCGACCCCACCUUCUGGGCCAAGAAUGUGGUCAACCUUGGCAACCUGGUGAUUGAGAAGGUGCCUCCGGCGCCGCACCCGCCCAACAUGAUGAGUCAGAUGGCACCGGGCCACAACCACCACGGCAAGUACCCGGGCCAGAUCAACCUGGCCCAGCUGCGGCUGCAGCACAUGCAGCAGCAGGCCGUCCUGGCCCAGAAGCAGCAGCACCAACAGCACCAACACCAACAGCAGCACCAGCAGCACCACCAGCAACACCAACACCAACAGCAGCAGCACCAGCAACACCAACAGCAGCAGCAGCAUCAACAGCAGCUGCAGCAGCAGCAGCAGCAGCACCAGUUACAGCAGCAGCAGCAGCAGCAGCAGCAGCAGAUCCAGCAGCAGCAUCAGCAGCAGAUCCAGCAGCAGAUGCGCAUCGCCUCGCAGCUGUCCCAGAUGCCCCGGCAAGCAGGGCCAGGCAUGGUCCAGCAGCAGGUAGCGUGGAGCAGCCAGAGUCCAGAGCCCCCCAGACUCAUCAGUAUGCAGAGGGGCGACGUAAACGGCAGCCCCCAACACAUGUACCCACCCCAUGCCCUGCGGAUGCCCAGCGGGCAGGUGCGCAUGUCCAGUGCCCAGCCGCGCCUCGGUGGCCAGCAGUACCCCAUGAUGCAGCCUCAGCUCCAGAGACAGCAUUCUAAUCCAGGGCACGCGGGGCCGUUUCCCGUGGCGUCGCUGCACAACGUGAGCGCCACCAGCCCCACCAGCCCCACCAGCGCCAGCAUGGCCAACGCCCACGCGCACCGCGGACCCACCAGCCCCAUGGUCAGCGCCAUCGAGCUCAUCCCCUCCGUCACCAACCCGGAGAACCUGCCGUGCGUGCCCGACAUCCCGCCCAUACAGCUGGAGGACGCGGGGUCCAGUAUGUUAGACAGCUUCCUCCAGCGCGUCAUCUCCUCCAGCACGCACCCGCUGCUCAACAACGUCGUCAACAUCAACACCUCGCCGGCGCCCUCCAUACACUCCCCCGGCUCAUCAGGGUUAUCUAACUCCCACGCCCCAGCUCGCCCCUCCAGCACCUCCAGCACAGGAAGUCGGGGCAGCUCUGGCUCUGCUGGCAGGUUGGGUUCGGCGGCUCCACCUACUGGUGAGCUGGUGAAGGUGAAGCAGGAGCCAGGCGUGGAGGAGGAGAGCAGCCCCUUCUCCGUGGCCAGCGUCAAGAGCGAACUCGGCAAGGACGGGCGCCGCAGUGCCUGCAUGAUGAGCAGCCCAGAGAGCAGCAGUGCCACGCCGCCUCUGCCCGUGCUUGGCGCCGUGUCGUCGGGCUCGGUGCAGGACAUGCUCCGGUCGCUCAGCGACAUCGUCAAGAAGGAGCCCCAGGACGGCGCCAGCGCCAGCGGCUGCAGCCAGGCCAACAAGACGCCCGCCACGACGACCGCCUCCGCCACCACGGCCGCCUCCGCCUCUUCCUCCUCUACCUCCUCUUCCUCCACAUCUCAGACGCCCACCGCUCCUCCAAAGCAGCCACUGACCAAUGGCAACGCGGCGGAUCCGGCGGCGGCGGCGGCGGCCAGUGGCGGAGCGAGCGGUCAGAAUGCGGGCGGGGCGGCGGACGGGAGCAAGGAGGACGAUCCCAACGAGGACUGGUGCGCCGUGUGUCAGAACGGGGGCGAGCUGCUGUGCUGUGACCGGUGCCCCAAGGUCUUCCACAUCACCUGCCACAUCCCCACACUGCGCUGUUUACCCAGUGGUGAGUGGAUGUGCACAUUCUGCCGGAGCCUGGCUAGCCCUGAGAUUGAGUACAGCUGUGACGACGAGGCGCCCAAGAAGGACCAGAGCGAGCAGGGCCUGAGCCCCGAGGACCAACGGAGGUGUGAGCGCUUGCUGCUGUAUCUCUUCUGCCACGAGCUGAGCCCGGAGUUCCAGGAGCCCGUGUCGUCGACGGUCCCCAACUACUAUAAGAUCAUCAAGCAGCCGAUGGCGCUGAACACGGUGAAGCAGAAGCUGCAGCUGAAGCACCCGCAGCACUACCGCAGCACGGCCGAGUUUGUGGCCGACGUGCGCCUGGUCUUCAGCAACUGCGCCAAAUACAACGAGAUGUCUCGCAUAAUCCAGGUUUAUGAUGAGGAGAAACCGAUUAAUGUGCAGGCGGACUCGGAUGUGGCGGAGGCUGGGAAGGCCGUGAGUAUGUACUUUGAGGAGAGACUGAAGGAGCUCUACCCUGACGAGAGCUUCCCCCUCGUCCCCGACAACGACCCCUCAACAGACAAGGAGAAGGAGAAGGAGAAGGAGAAGGAGAAGGAGGAAGCGGGAGAAGCAGCAGCAGCAGCCGCCGCCGCAGCAGACGAGGAGGUCACCGACGACUCGGACGAUGACAUACAGCCGAAACGCAAGCGCUUAAAAACGGAGAAGCCCAUGCAUAUAAAGUGAGAAGAAGCGAGAGAGAAGGAGAGAAAGAAAGAAAGUGACUGAGCCCCUUAGCAUGGGAAAGAUGGAAACUCGGAAAAGGCUGCACACGAAAGUGAAGAAAGGAUCGGUCUUCCUUUUCAUCUCACCCCACUCAUUCUCUUCCUCAGACUCUAUAGGUCACGUGCUGGACCUGCUGCUGGCGUAUAUCAAAGUUCCAGUGCUACUUCUUAUUCUCCCACUAUGAAAAAUGCCUUGUUAUAAAAAGAAUAAAACUUUACAAAGUAAAGAGUGUACACCGAGCGGCGGCGAACUGAAACUUUUAUAGUUGAUGUGCCCAGAUGAUAUAGAUGGCUGUUGACAGAGGAAUUGCUUACAGUUUUGGAACUGUUUUGGCAGAUUAAAUUAAUUAGUCUUUUUUAUUAUUAUUAUUAUAAUUAUUACUAUCAUUUAUGAUGCUGUUUGUAAAUCUGUUGUGAACAAUGCUUUAUAAAAGACCAUACUCUCUCAUCCCCCAAUACCCUUAUGUAUUAUAACGUUUAACAUUGAAUUGCCUACUGGGUAUUUGUAUGUGUGAGUGUGUGUGUCUGUGUGUGUGUGUGUGUGUGUGUGUGUGUGUGUGUGUGUGUGUAUGUUUGUGUGUUUGUUUAAAGUUUCAUCGCUGUAAAUAACAGAAACCAUACAGAAACAUGACUGAAGACUGGUUGUUUGGUCAUUUACUUCAAUAAAAGGUUAAAAUGCAAUGUCCCCUGUAAA